UGAAACAUAAAAAAAGAAAUCAAAUAGGAAGCAGCCUGUCACAAAAUAAUUGCUAAGAAAUUAUGUAAACAACAUUGAAUACGUGUUGAUUUAGUUGCAAAAAAGUGCUUUUAAUUGAUUUUAAUGAGGCUCUAGAGGCGGUGGGGAAGAUGGCAAAGUGUGCCCCAGAACCCAGCAGUCCGGUGACGAAAGUCUGGAAGCCGGAACUGUAUAAAAUCCAACUGGAGGCUCCCACACCAAAGGCCGUAAUGCGGAAGCAUGACAUUGAUGACGCCCCUGAGCAGUAUGGGUAUGAAUACCAUGGGGAGAUGGAUCACAAGGAAUCCGAGGAGAUUCUCAGUGAUACGCAGGAUGGGACGUAUUUGGUGCGUCAGAGUCCGGGAGCGGAGGACUUCUUCACGCUCUCGGUGCGCUUCAAUCGUCGCACGAAGCACUAUAAGAUCUUCUAUCGCCCCAACUACGGGCACUACCUCAAGGAGGACUUUAAGCGCUUUGAGACAAUUCACGAUCUCGUGGCGGACGGGCUCGUGAACUUCUACAUGCAAAUCCAUGCGGCGCCGAUUAUUCAGGAGAUGCUGGCACAGACGAAGAAUAGCUACCACCAAAGUCCCUACAUGACGCUCAAUCGGCGGAAGUUGCGUGCGCUGUCAAAUGAUCUUCGUCGCACAAUCCACGCGAAUAAUCUUGCCCAGCAGGUUGUGGCUCAACCAUCCCCAACUGUGGCUCCGGAUGAGGUGGAUGUGCUGCCGGUGGUGUAUGAGAAGCAUCACGCCUUCAAGAUUCACAGCUUCAAAGGGCUCAAUUGGUGCGAAUUCUGUGCUAACUUCCUCUGGGGCUUCACGGCGCAGGGUGUAAAGUGCGAAGAUUGUGGCUUCAUAGCGCACAACAAAUGCUCAGAGCUCGUUCCACCGAAAUGCGUUCCAGACCUCAAGAGGCUCCGUGGGGUUUUCGGCACAGACCUCACCACACUCGUCGCAGCGCAUCACUGCACCGUUCCCUUUGUCAUCAGGCGCUGUGUGGAGGAGGUGGAGGCGCGUGGGAUGCUCCAGGAGGGCAUCUACCGUGUCUCGGGCUUUGCAGAUGAAGUUGAAGCCCUCAAGCUGGCUCUGGACAAGGAUGGGGACAAGACGGACAUGUCUGAGGCAGCGUACAGCAAUAUAAAUGUCAUCGCGGGCACGCUGAAGCUCUAUCUGCGCCUCCUGCCUGUGCCUCUCAUCACUUUCCAGGCCUAUCCCGCCUUCAUGGCGGCCACGACAGAAUCUAGAAAUUCCCGGGAUCAGAUUCAGAACGUGAAGGAAGCUCUGAAGCACCUUCCUCCGGCUCACUUAAACUGCCUCAAAGUUAUGAUUGAGCACCUCAACAGAGUUGCAUCCCAUCAGAAUAUUAAUAAAAUGACAGAAUACAACUUGGCGACGGUUUUUGCGCCAACUCUCAUUGCCACACCGCACCACUUGACCGAUCUAUCGCAGGAAAUCUUCAUGCUCUCCUUUCUAAUCUCAAAUUGCAACCGGAUCUUUGCCUGAGGCGCCGCCCCCCUGGAGGAGGAAUUUCCAGUAUUUGACGCGUUUCGAGGGGGAUUUUCUGCGUCUUAACAUUUCCAGGUGAAUAAAAAAAAAGAAAAACAAUCACAAAGAAUGUGAUAAAAAAAAAUCUAUUUAUUGUUGAAACAUUUGGUGCAAUCGCAAAGCAAAACAAAAAGGAAAAAGUCGCGAGAAAAUCCCCCUCUAAAGACAAUUUUUACGAUGAAUUAACAAAGAAAGAAAGAAAUGAAAAUUCCUUUUUUUAAGAAGGAUCUUUUAUGUGAGUUUAUUUUUCUACUUAUCUGCACUGUAUAUUAUGUAUUUUGUAGUUCUUUUCUAAUCCCAAAAAUUUUUUAUAACAAAAAGUGCACUGAAAAUGUUUAUUAGACGAAGAAAAUGAAUAAAAAAAAGAAGAUUUUUCGAAACCAAAA